AACAACACACAUCAGCUUGUCAGCCUCGAAUCCCUCUCAAUCAUCGGGCUGUCUGUCAUCCUUUCCUCGCUGGAUCUCUCUCUCUUUUUCUCGUCACCAUCACCGUUCUAGACCAGACCCGACGCACCACAGUUCCCUCACUACCCUGUUUACCCCUCCCUUUCCCUCUAUAUCUCUCUCUGUCUCCCUCUCUCUCUCUCUCUCUCUCUAACUCUCGCUUUCUUGCAACCUCUGCCACAGAACCCAUCGAAGGCCUCCUUUCCUCUCUCUCUCUCUCUCUCUCGCCCAUCGAUUCAAUGGAAGAUCGCAAGGAGCAGAGGAACACUCCGUGGCUAUCCGUCCCGCAAUUUGGGGACUGGGACCAGAAGGGGCAGGUUCCUGAUUACUCGCUAGACUUCUCAAAAAUAAGGGAAACGAGGAAGCAGAACAAGAGGGACGUCUCAAGAGCCAGCAUCGGGAAUGAAGAGGAGCUUGCUUCUUCAAAAACCGUUGCCCCGACAGCCACCCCUGACGAUGGCCACCACUACCAUGAAAGCGACCCCUCGCCUCCAACGAGGAGGAGCAUUCUCAGCUGCUUCAACUGCUGCGUAAAGGCUUGAGGUUGGCGCGUCCUGAGAAGAGCUGCUUUUGCGUGUACGAUGUUGUGGGAUGUGCUGGUCCCAAUGCACAUGUGCAUUGUGCUUGUUUUCGGACAGACAUGGCUUCUGUACUUGAAAUUUGAUAGUGAUUGUUGUUUUCGCGUAUUCUCCCGGUACCUGGUACAUUUUGGUUAUGUGAAUACUAAAUGUGAUGGAGCCAGGUCGAGCAAUGAGGGCCAGGCUUUCAAAAAGAGUAUUUGGUGCCUAUCCGACGGGGGGAUUAGAGAACCACAUUAAGAAUUUGGAAAAUGUGAUGUUUGUGGCGUCUAUAAAUCUAAGUCCAUUUGAUCUUUCUACCC